GGAGUUGUGCCCCCCCAUCGCUCCUCUCCUGGGAGCAAGCCCCACUUGACAGUGCUUACUUCCGAGGAGACACUCAGGAGAUUGCACGGCUGCAAUUUCCUCCUCCUCUCCCCUUCCUAUCCAAAAUGGAUCCAGCAUCAACUCUCCCGCACUCCCCCCCGCGCGCUUCCAUCUCGCGCACCGCAAUGCCCACCGGGCACUUUGCAGAGGAGCCCUAAACCCGAACUCUCUCCGCGUUGCGCUUGCACGACGCUCCCUCGGCAGGGAAGAGGCCGGCCACGCAUGCGCCCUGUGGGGGCAGGAAUCGCCUUGCCGCCCCUGGUUUAAAGGGGCCGCCGCGAGGAAUGUCCCGCCGGGCGAAGGAGGAGUACCAGCGGCACUACUCGGUCACGGAGCCCCGCAGCCACCCCAAGGGCUACACCGAGUACAAAGUGACCGCCAAGUUCGUCUCAAGGGUGAAUCCAGAAGAUGUUAAGGAGAUUGUGGUCUGGAGACGGUACAGUGACUUCAAGAAGCUGCAUGGAGACCUGGCCUACACUCACCGCAACCUCUUCCGGCGGCUGGAGGACUUCCCCUCCUUCCCCAAGGCUCAAGUCUUUGGCCGAUUUGAGCCCGAGGUGAUUGAGGAGCGGCGAAAAGCGGCCGAGGCCAUGUUGCGAUUCACAGUGCAUAUCCCGGCUUUGAACAACAGUCCUCAGCUCAAGGAAUUCUUUCGGGGUGGGGAGGGGCAGAGACCCCUGGAGAAGUAUGACCUGCCAUCUCUGCCUCCCCCUCUGGUCCCCGUGCCGCCAUCGGAAGGAGUAGAGCCAGGGGAGGAUGCGCUGAGGUCUGUCGAUGAGCAGGGACCCCCCCUGCAUUCGGAGCAGCGAUCCUGCAGAGUCGCAGAGGCAGCAAGCGAGGAGUGUGGUGACUGGGAGCCCAAACCAAAGGAGGAAGGUAUCCAAAGCAAAGCAGGGAGUCCCUCCUCGCCCAUGAAGUGUGACGAUGACAAGGCCUUGGAUGCUCUCUUUGCCUUUGGGGAGGAAGAGGAGGAGGAGGAAGGGGAGAGGGCCAUGGGUUCGCCUUCCUGUUGCCCCUUGUCGGUCCAGGAGCUGGCGCUGUUCGAUCCCUUCUCAAAGGAAGAGCCUGGUGCACCCUGCCCCUCCCAUGAGGAAGACCUGGCUGCUCUCCCUGCCUCGGGACACAGAGCAGCCCCUGGCGCAGGAGCAGGGCAGGUAGCCAAGGAAGGAGCAAGUGUGUCGGACCCUGGCGCGUACCUGCCCUUGGCCACGGAGCACAUCAGGCAGGCCUUGGAGGGGGAAGCAGCCAAAGACUACCAGGGGGCCUUCUGCAGCUACCGCAGUGGCGUUGACCUGUUGCUCCAGGGACUGCAAGUGGACCCAGAUGCAGCCCGCAGGGAAGCCGUGAAGAAGAAGACUGCAGAGUACCUACAGAGGGCCGAGGAAAUCUUUCAGCAGCACCUGAAGCAUCUAAACCUAUAAGUGGGACUUCCAGCCUCCCCCUCCUCUGCCCCCCCCCCCAAGUGGACACAUGCCAGCUAGGAGUGGAAUAGCUCUGCCGGUGGCCUCAUCCUGGCAUGGGCUGGCUGGAUCAGAAUCAGCCAGUUCACCCACCCUGCUGCACUUAUUGUUGAGUAUUUAAUCUACACUGUAAAAAUACAUGUUUGUAAAUCUUUCAAA